CAGGUAAUGGAAAAGGAGACGCGCAGGAUCGAGGUCUUGGUUGACGAAGUGCAGCAGGACUUGACAAGCGGAACGGUGCCCGAGGAGACUUGCGGUUGUCUGAGAGCAGCAGUGGGAAAAGCCAGGUUGUUGCGGGACCAGAAAUUCGCACAGUUCAGGUCCCUGUGCGACAAGAAUCUAAAGCCCAGUGAAAGUGAAGAAAAGGUGCUGGCGGGGGAUUUAGCAGGUUUCUGGGAUCUGGUCUGGAUUCAGAUCGACGAAAUCAACAGAACCUUUGCGGAAAUCCAGGAGCUGAAAAGCAACAACUGGCAGACGAGACCCGAGCCGGAGUCCCUGCAAGGUCAUCAUCACGGGUUCUCAGAAACCGACACCCUCUUGCCAUUAUCAUCAUCAGCGACAACUGCCGCUGGUGCCAGCAACAACAGCAGCAGCCGCCCUGCCAAAAAAGCCAACAAUAAUAAGACAGGCGAGGCAGCAAGCAAGAGAAUCCAGCGACAGGAACGAGCUUCUCUGUCGACAGCAUCAGCCGCAGCAGGCGUCAGCGAUGUGGCGGACGAGCGGCGGAAGCGGAUGCUGGAGUUCAAACGGAAGAUGAAGAAGGCGCACCAUCAGCUGGAGGAGGAGAACGGAGGACAGGAAGUUGCCGACAUUGUGUUUUUCGAGGGGCUGUCUGACAAGCAGAAGCUCAGGACUUGAUUUGCAUGCGUUCCCUUCCGGGUUGUGAACUCAGUGAUGACGAGGUCAGUUCACAUGCCUCGAACAUGGUUAAUACUAACAGAAGCGACGGACAGCGUGUGUUAUUUUGGAAAUGGAAUGUACUAUGGUUCAUUCCCUUUUCCUGGCAAUCACGCAGCAGCUGCUGCUUUGAAUUCACGGAUAUUCGUGCUGAUCUUAACGAGUGCAAGUGCAUGAUGAGGUAUGUCGCAUGUGUACGUACUGCAGCUUUUGCCUCGCGAAAUCACAAUGUGGUGGUACUUUCCUGUCAUACCCCCUGGUACUUUCUCGACUUUUAUCCCAAGUAGGUAUUGUAAAAAAAAAGGAUUCAAAUCUGACCAAGAGUGGGUUCUCAAAAUGAUUUGUAAUGAUUGCAAAGCCCCCUUGAUUUGCCCAUAUACUCUACCUUGAUAUUUCAAUAUGUUCUGUUCGAAAAAUGUUGCCGACUGUAUCUACUAACUUUCGUUCCAAGUUGGAAAUGUUGGCCUUUUUCUCAAAAUGUAUCAACCUUCAACUGAACUGCUGCAAGUUAAUUCUAGGAGUGUCCUAUCAGAUAGCCAAAUGUUUUGAGACACAAGUACAGUAGUCUACACAAGGACUGAACAUUUACAAGAACCAAAGAUGAACUGUUUAUUUUACACAUAUUGAGAUCUCUACAGAACUUCCCCCACCAACCCUCACCAGGGGCUUAACAGAAAAGCAUCACCGUACUCAUGCAAGCACUACAGAUAUUUCAUUUCUUUGACGAGCCAAUUAAAAAGACGAUUGUUCAACAA